GCGCGAGCAGUGAGCGCAAUGGAGCACCGGUCAGCAGCGCUGGACAUCGAGGCGCUGAAGAUGACCCAGGAGCAGUAUAUUUUAGCGUCUCAGCCCGGCGGUCUGCAGCGUCCAGGCUGUCCAGCCCCGUAUCCUGUGGGUAUUUACGGCUGGAGGAAGCGCUGCCUUUACUUCUUCAUCCUCCUCCUCCUCGUCACCAUGAUCGUCAACCUGGCCCUCACCAUCUGGAUCCUCAAGGUCAUGAACUUCACCGUGGAUGGUAUGGGUAAUCUCCGAGUGACCAAAGAAGGCGUGAGGUUAGAAGGCGUCUCGGAGUUUCUUCUUCCACUCUACGUGAAGGAGAUUAAAUCCAGACGGGACAGUCCGCUGGUCCUCCAGUCAGAUCGAAACGUAACGGUGAACGCGCGGAACGACCUCGGACAGCUGACUGGACAGCUCACAGUGGGCUCAGAGCUGGUAGAGGCUCAGUGUCAGAGGUUCGAGGUGCGGAGUGCUGAUGGAGAGAAGGUUCUGUUCUCCGCUGAUGAGAACGAAGUCAGUAUCGGCACAGAGAAACUCAGAGUGACAGGUGAUGAGGGAGUUGUUUUUGGUCAUUCAGUUGAGACGCCGCACAUUCGAGCCGAACCUUUCCAGGACCUGAAGUUGGAGUCUCCGACGCGGACGUUAACGUUGGAGGCCCCUAAAGGUGUGGAGGUGAAUGCAGGAGUUGGGGAGUUUAGAGCUUCCUGCAGGAAAGACCUCACUCUGGAGUCGUCAGAGGGAGAGAUUUUCCUGAAUGCGAACUCUAUUCGUCUGGGUAAUCUCCCUCACGGCAGUGUGGACCCUCUGCUCGGUCCGGGCACCAGCUACCCCAAACAGACUGUGUACGAGGUGUGCGUGUGUCCGAGCGGUAAACUCUACCUUUCCCCGGCCGAGAGCGCCUCCACCUGCCAGACCACCAACAGCGUGUGUUUGUGGAGCUGA